UAAAUUGCAGUUGCAAAUUGGCUGUAUGGCACGCAGUUGGCGAGUUUCGGAUUGUUUACACAAAAUGUACAUUUACCCAAAACUAUUGUUCAUAUUAUUUGUAACGUCAAAGCGAGAUACUAAAGGAUUCCUCAUAGUCAAGCCGCUUUUGCAAUAUGCUGACUCUGUUCAGUCGCAAGAAAAUAAGUUCAGCGAACUAAUUGAUAAGAUUCGACGCCUCAAGGCUUCUAUUAAAAUUGUAAAGAGCCAACGCGAGUUAAGUAAUGAACACACAAAAAAUUGCUUAACCAAUAAUGUGUUGAAAGCCUCCAAUAAGGCCCUAGCGGAUAAAAUCCAAGAUAUGAUAUCUGGAAACAAAAAUAACGAAGCUCAUUUAAACACGCAGCUGAGGAACGCAAAUUCAGAAACUUUGGAACUUAAAGAUCAAGACAAAGCAAAUUUAGCCAAAAUUAAGGAACUAGAAAAGUCCAUAAUAAAAAAGAACCCAGAAAGCAUACAAAAUUUGAAUUCAAGCUGUAUUGGUAAGCUGUCAAAUAUAUAUGACAUAAAAGUCCCUGGCACGAUGUCUACCACGGGCAAGGCCGAAUAAUACUCGCUGGUAUUUUAUAUAUAUAAUAGGUCGAAAAUGCGUUUUUGUAUUAAUAUAGCAUUGUGUAUUCUAAGUA